AGGGCUUUUCUUUUGCAGGCGAAAUGUUGCAGUUGUGGUGAAUGUAAACACUGCUGUGCUGGACCGAAGGUUGUUGGCAUUUUAAGUUUGUAAGUCUGACGUGAAGAUAAUUCAGUCUGCAGAUCUUGUCAGUGUCAGUCAUGUCAUUGUACUCUGCCCUCCUGAGCCACCGUGUAGCUGCAGGCUGCUGCCGGGUGUGGUGUGCUGUUCCUCGACCGCUCCUCCACAUCAGAUCAGCCAGCGUAACUGAGCCGGGCACAAGAAGAUCUGAGGAGGGGCAGCUCUGGGAGGCAGCAAGCUACUUGCCGUACUCCAGAGCCAGGAUAGGAUCUUUCUUUCAGGAAAUCCCAGUGCUGAAGAACCCAUUUCUAGAGGAUGCCUUGCUCAACGGAUACCUAAGGAGACACCUGCCCCAGGCGGAAGUUCUUUCAGACCUAUGUGCAUUUGGAGAGCGUGUGGUGAAAGAGGUGGACAGGUGGGGCAGAGAGUGUGAGGUUACUCCUCCACAGUUGGUGCAAUUUGACCCCUGGGGUCACAGAGUGGACCACAUUGUCACCUCCCCAGCCUGGAAGCGCAUGAAACAACUGGUAGCACAGGAAGGAAUGGUUGCCAUUGGCUAUGAGAGGCCAUUUGGGGAGUGGAGUCGUGUGUACCAAAUGAGCAAGGUGUACAUCUUCAGUCCCUCAUCUGGUUUAUCCACCUGUCCUCUGGCCAUGACUGAUGGAGCUGCAAAAGUCAUCCAGUCCAUAGGUGUUUCAUGGCCAGUAGAUGAAGCCUUCAGUCGUUUGACCACCCGUCAGCCUGAACGUUUCUGGACAUCUGGACAGUGGAUGACAGAAAGACAGGGAGGAUCUGAUGUUGCCUCUGGUACAGAGACAGUGGCUGUUCCUCAAACAGAUGGUUCAUACAAACUACACGGCUUCAAGUGGUUCACCUCUGCUACAGAUGCAGACAUGACUCUCACACUGGCCAGAGUGCAGGACAGAACGGGUGCAACCACACCAGGUAGCAAGGGUUUGUCUCUGUUCUAUGCAGAGGUGAAUCGAGACAAAGAUGGCCGACUGAAGGGUAUAGAGGUUCAGAGACUGAAGGACAAACUGGGCACAAGACCGGUGCCGACUGCUGAGUUACUCCUGGAUGGCCUGUCAGCACACAGGCUAUCAGAGGAAGGGAGAGGUGUUGCCGCCAUAGCGAACAUGUUGACUAUAACGAGGAUCCACAAUGCCGUCUGUGCAGUAGCUUCAAUGAGAAGGGUGCUCCAGUUAGCUCGUGACUAUGCCACUCGUCGCACUGCUUUUGGAAAGCUUCUUAAAGACCACCCACUGCACAUGCAGACUCUUGCUAGGAUGGAGGUGGAGACUCGUGGAGCGUUCCUUCUGGUGAUGGAUGUGUGUCGUCUCUUGGGCCGAGAGGAAAGUGGUAUGGCAACCCAGCUUGAUGCACACCUUUUACGUCUGCUCACACCUAUGGUCAAACUGUACACUGGGAAGCAGGCAUUGGCUGUGGUGUCGGAGGGUUUGGAAAGCUUUGGUGGUCAGGGCUACAUUGAAGACACCGGGUUGCCUGUAAUACUUCGUGAUUCGCAGGUGUUGAGUAUAUGGGAAGGAACGACAAAUAUUCUGUCUCUGGAUAUACUGCGCUGUGUGGCUCAUAGCUCAGGAAUGGUUCUUCACGCAUACUUCACCCAUACCAAGUCCCUGCUUGCAGGUGCAUCAGGUGUUUCCUCAUUGGCUCCAGCUGUGAAAGCAGUAGAUGGUGCUCUCUCUGAACUGCAAGCGUUUGUUCAGCUAGCAGCUACCAGAGCACCUGGCUACCUGGAGCUGGCAGCCAGAGACCUGGCCUACAGCCUGGCCCGCAUCUACACUGGUUCCCUGCUAAUUGACCAUGCAUGUUGGAAAGGAGCCUCCUCAUCUGACACCUACGCAGCUCUCAGGUGGUGUGAACAGGACUUGUGUCCUGUGGUGUCUAAACAGGCGAUAGGCUGCUACGAUCCCAGCACUCCCCCGCUUGAUACUGCGCUGGUGUAUGACCAGCCAACCCAAGGCUGAACAGUCACUCAAAAUGGAUAAACCCGACAACUGAUUUGCCAUUGUUGAGCCUCACUUCAGUUCAGUGACACAUCAAAUUAUUGUAUCUCACAUUUUUAAAAAAUAAUAAAGUUUUUUUUUUAGAUGACAGAGACCAUGUUUUAAUGAAAAAUGACAGUCCAGUUGUGAAUAAGCUCAGCUGUGGAACUGGAAAAUUAGUUUCUAAUACAGUGUAGUUCCCUCUGUGUGAAGAGGUUUUUGUUAUCCGCAGUAAAUGCUGAACUAUGAAGCCCAUAGUUGAAAAGGAAAUUAUCGAGAUAGUGAACAAAUGUGGUAAUAAAUCAUCCAGUGA